AGCCAUGGCAGACACUCCAUGGAGCCAAUCUGAUGAGGGCUCCAGCAGUGAAGAUCAGGGGCCGCGCAUCAGGCAGGAUCCGGCAGGCCAUGUGUCCUUGCUUAGAAGAGCACUAUAUAAGAAGAUGGUUGAUUUGGUGCUUUUCCUGCUCCACAAGUAUCAAGUAAAGGAACCAAUCACAGAGGAAGAAUUGCUGAACAGUGUCAUCCAGGAUUACCAGGACUACUUCCUUGUGAUCUUCAAUGAAGCCUCUGAAUACCUGCAGCUGAUAUUUGGCAUUGAGGUGAAGGAAGUAGACCCCACUAGCCACUCCUAUGUCCUUGUCACCAUCCUAGGCCUCACCUAUGAUGGGAUGCUGAGUGACAACCAGACCAUGCCUAAGACUGGGCUCCUGGCCAUCAUACUGGGUGUGAUCUUCAUGGAGGGCAAUCCUACCCCUGAGGAGGAGAUCUGGGAAGCAUUGAAUAUGAUGGGGAUAUAUACCGGGAGGGAGCACUUUAUCUUUGGGGAGCCCAGGAAGCUCCUCACUGAAGAGUGGGUACAGGAAAAUUACCUGGAGUAAAGGCAGGUUCCUGGUAGUGAUCCUGCUCGCUACGAGUUCCUGUGGGGUCCAAGGGCCCACGCUGAAACCAGCAAGAUGAAAGUCCUAGAGUAUGUGUCCAAGGUCAAUGGGAGUGAUCCCAGAUCUUUCCCAUCCCAGUAUGAAGAGGCUUUACAAGAUGAGGAAGAGAGAGCCCGAGUAAGAAUUGCACCCCGAGCUAGAGGGAGGACCAGGGGGAAGUCCAGGUUCCAAGACCCCAUCUAGGAGAUUGUUCUGCCCUGGUAAUUAAGUCUGUUUCU